AUGUCAACACCUUCACCUUCAUCUUCUACCUGGGAUUACCUCUUAAAUUCUUUCUCUCUGAGAACGAUAUGGAAUUGGCUACAAGCAACUUUUCUGGGAGAGACUAAUGCACCUCAACAAACAAAUUUGGGACGGCUAGAUAAUCUUGCUCGAGCUGUGCAAGUCAUCCUGGGGAUUUCCUUUUUGAUUUUGUUGGGAAUAGGAUUAUAUGCCUUAUGGAAACGAAGUGUUCGGUCACUUCAGAAAACAUUGUUGUUUCUAAUCACACUCUACAAAUUUUACCAGAAGGGCUCAGAAAUUUUUCAGGCUUUGCUGGCCAGCCCAGAAGGGAGUGGUUUCCAAAUGCAAGAUGGUAAUUUCUUCCUGUCCUUGGGUCUGCAAGAGAAAAUUCUGAAAAAACUUCAGACAGUAGAAAACAAAGUGAAGGACCUGGAGGGGAUGAUCAUUGCCCGAAAACAUGCCACAAAGAGGGAUUGCUCCUCUGAGCCCUACUGCAGCUGCUCCGACUGCCAGAGCCCCUUGCCCACGUCAGGGUUUAGUUCCACAUCUGAAAUGUGA